AUGUCAAAGAUCGUAGCCUACCGCGGUUGUGCAAUCGGAAAAGCAAAACAGAAUGCGACCACCGAGAUUGAGAAGCUAAAGCUCACUGAGUUGUCUCCUGAAGAAAUUGUGAAAGAAGCAGCAAAAGUGAUAUACACUGUGCAUGAUGAAAUAAAGGACAAAAAUUUCGAACUGGACUUGAGUUGGGUCGGCGAAUGUAGCAGAGGAGUACACGAGAUGGUUCCGCAGUCCUUAUUCCAAGAUGCAGAAACAUUCGCUAAACAGGCCUUGGAAGACACAGAUGACCUCGACGAUGAAGUGGAAUAA